AUGGAACGUGUGAACGCAUUGAUGCGUGUAAUGUGCGGCUUCGUUUUCGAGCUCGUUAACGGAUCGUGUCGCAAGCAGAUCGCAUGUCAUAAGAAAUCUGACACGGGUGUUUACACUUGUCGAGCAAAGAACGAUGAUGGAGAAUCGACGUGGACAGCCUCGUUGACCGUUGAGGAUCAUAACACCAAAUCGGUUUUCUCACGAAUGCCGGACCGAUCGAAUUUUCCGUCAGCACCAUCGCAACCAAUCGCCAGUAAUGUGUCUGACACUGAGGUGGAUUUGGAAUGGCGAGCUCCAGAACGAAACGGUGGUAGUCCAGUGACCGGCUACAUUAUUCAGUUUUUCAGUCCGGAAACUUGGCUUAAUGUUCCGGACUACGUAUCGGGCCCACGAUAUCGUAUCAAGAACCUGAGGCCGUCACAAACCUAUGUGUUCGUUGUAAGAGCGGAAAACGAAAAAGGCAUCGGACCUCCUAGUCCUAUUUCGUCGGUUGUGAACACCUUGCCAAGAAAUGCUCACUUGUCAACGGACGACCUGGAGAAUUUGGACCUCGAACAAGCAACAAGGCGAAUCACCUCAGAACAGCUCAUCAAACUUGAAGAAGUAAAAACCAUCAAUUCAACAGCGGUUCGGUUGUUUUGGAAGAGAAAGAAGAUCGAGGACAUGGUUGAAGGAUAUUAUAUCAAAUGGCGAGGUCCACCAAGAAGUAAUAUAAACCAAUGGGUAAAUGUUAGUGGUGCACAUGUGGAAUCGUACGUUGUCAAUGGCCUAAUGCCUUUUACGAACUACGAAUUUUUCGUCAUACCGUAUCAUAAAUCCAUUCAAGGUGCCCCUAGUAACUCCAUGGAUGCUUUAACAGCUGAAGCUCGUAAAUGGGUAAAUGUUAGUGGUGCACAUGUGGAAUCGUACGUUGUCAAUGGCCUAAUGCCUUUUACGAACUACGAAUUUUUCGUCAUACCGUAUCAUAAAUCCAUUCAAGGUGCCCCUAGUAACUCCAUGGAUGCUUUAACAGCUGAAGCUCCGCCAUCAUUACCGCCAUCGGACGUGCAUAUCCGAAUGUUGAAUCUUACCACUCUUCGUAUUGGAUGGAGAGCACCGCCGGCUGACGGAAUGAAUGGCAUUCUGAAAGGUUUCCAGAUUGUAAUCUUGGGAAAAGGCACCAAAUUCAAUCGAAAUAUUACAACAAACGAACGAGCGGCUAGUGUGACGCUAUUCCAUCUGAUUCCUGGUAUGACGUACAAAAUCCGAGUUGCAGCGCGCACCAACGCUGGUAUUGGUGUUAGUCAUGGCACGGAUACCGUUACUAUGAAUCAAGAAACUCUUGACAAGCAUCUGAGCCUGCACAGUGAACAAGAAUCAUUUUUGUACUCAUUAUCACGUCAGUCAUGGUUCGCUCUACUAGUAAUGUUACUUGUAUGCGUGUUUCUGAUUCUGGUCGCCAUAUUUGUAUUCUGGUAUUAUAAAAACAGUAAAAACGCCAAGCGUGUCGAAGAACCUGAAUGGAUACAGUUUCAGGAUCGAACAUUUAUUAAAAUUAAUGAUGGAUCCGUUCAUAUGACUCAAAAUGGAAUAUGGGAUCAUAAUCCCUAUAAUACGGCAGGGCGAAUGACAUUGAACAAUCGAUGUCCAACUGCUCAUCCGCCUUACUCGGUAACACCGAAUCAGCACGAUUUCUUCCAUGGUCCAUGUGAUGACUACAUGGGUGCUGGGACCAUGAAUCGACCUGGUUCUGAACAUCACUAUCAUUAUGCACAACUGGCUGGUGGACCUGGAAAUACGCUUAGCACUUUCUACGGAAAUCAGUAUCACGACGAUCCAUCACCGUACGCAACGACAACGCUGGUGAUGUCGAAUCAGCAACCAUCGUGGCUUAACGAUCGUAUGCUGAGAGGUCCAGUGCUUCCCAGUAAUCCAGUUCCGAAUGGACCACCUGCCAGGUACGCCGAUCAUACGGGUCGUCGCUCCCGAGGUAGUCGAGCGUCUGAACAUCGCCAAGCGAGUCAUCAUUCGGAUAGCCCGCCUCACACGGACGUCAGCUAUGUUCAGUUCCAAUCCUCUGAUGGCACUGGUGAAAGCUCGAAUGGUCGCUCAAAACCGGGUACUUUGGCUGGACGCCGAAGUCCGCCGAAACACACUCUGAUGGACUUUAUACCUCCACCCCCAUCUAACCCUCCACCACCGGCCGAUAUAGGCUAUGAGGGUUCUCCUCGGCGACAUUUGCCGCGAAUGCUGAACAUGGAAGACCCAUAUGAUUCCGUUUCGGACGGAAUGGCGUUUGGAGAUGAGAUGAAAGUUAGACCAACAAGUAGAAAUAGGACGACGGGUAUUCGUCCACAAAAAGGUAAUCGAGAUGACGAUAGCCAACGUUCAUCACUGAUGAUGGAUGAAGAGGGCGGAUCGUCUGAAGCCGACGGUGAAACGUCGGAUUGUGAGGUGCCUAAACGGAAAACUGUCCCCCGAAUGGGCGUGUCUGCAAGCGCACUCUCACAAAGCAGCUGUAAGUUCAUUUAA